UUAGCUAGGACAGCGGGACAGGACCGGGAGAGGGUGGGGGCGGGGCGACCUCGAGGCCCCGCCUCCCGCGCCCCGCCCUGCCCGGUCGCCAUGUUGUUCCCCGGGAGCUGGAUGGGAGCAGCUGGAGCUCCAGCCCGGCAGCAGAGUCGCGCCUCUCGCCCCCUCCCGGAUCCUCUCUGUUUCCCCAGCGCCCCCAGACGGGCCGGCCCGGAGCGCCCGGGGUGUCCUCCGAGUGGCCGCGAGGGUUCUGGAAUCAAAGGUCUUGUGAUAAACAAUGGCAGGAAAAUCAUCGCUUUUUAAAGUAAUUCUCCUUGGAGAUGGUGGCGUUGGGAAGAGUUCUCUUGUGAACAGAUAUGUAACUAAUAAAUUUGAUACCCAGCUCUUCCACACAAUAGGUGUGGAAUUUUUAAACAAAGAUUUGGAGGUGGAUGGACAUUUUGUUACCAUGCAGAUUUGGGACACAGCUGGUCAAGAGCGAUUCAGAAGCCUGAGGACGCCUUUUUACAGAGGUUCUGACUGUUGCCUGCUUACUUUUAGUGUUGAUGAUUCUCAAAGUUUCCAGAACUUGAGUAACUGGAAGAAAGAAUUUAUCUAUUAUGCAGAUGUGAAAGAGCCUGACAGCUUUCCUUUUGUGAUUUUGGGUAACAAGGUUGACAUAAGUGAACGGCAAGUGUCUGCAGAAGAAGCCCAAGCCUGGUGCAGGGACAACGGCAACUAUCCUUACUUCGAAACAAGUGCGAAAGAUGCCACUAAUGUCGCAGCAGCCUUUGAGGAAGCAGUUCGAAGAGUUCUUGCUACUGAGGAUAAGUCAGAUCACUUGAUUCAGACAGACACGGUCAAUCUGCACCGAAAGCCCAAGCCUAACUCAUCUUGCUGUUGAUUGUUCCGGAGAUUGCUGGUGCAUUCUAACCAACUCACACAUACACACAAAUUAAAUAUAAGGGUGGAUAGGAGAAUUAGGGUUUGCAACAAUGUGUCUUCUACUACUAAAAUGAAACUAAUGUAUAUUGCUGCUUCCUUAGUGGGUGGGUGAAGGGACACAUUCACUCUGGGAGGAAUCUAGCACCUGACAUUUACAAAUUGUAAAAUUGUCUAAUAAUGUUUCUUUAAUUUAAAUAUGUAAGAUACAGAGCUAAUAAGUGAAGUUACCAAGACUUUAAUUAUAAUUAAAACAAAAAACUUGAAUAUUCUA